UCCUAUCCUAGGUAUUCCUUAAAUAAUGCAGAUAUCUGCUAGUACGGGCGAAUAGGAUCUCAUCUCAGUAUGACUCAUUUGUUCCCAUUGCAAAUGGCAGGCCCUGGUCUAUCUUGGUUUUAGUUAUACACAUAUUUGCCCCGUUGCCUUUUGGGAGCGUUCGACCUGGUUAUCACGUGAUUUCACGAAAACGAGUGACGUUUGGAAAACACACGUGACCGAAAGAAACUAACAAAUUGCUUGUAAUUCACAGCACGGUCAGACUGUUUAUAUGUCUAUUUUCUCUUCUGCUUUUACCCACGGGGGAAAAUAUCACGUUCUUUGAAAGGGAUUCAUCAAGGAAGUCAUAUCUUCAGAACAUUGACCAACAAUGGACCAGUCCUCUCGAUAAUUAAAAAAAAAAGGUUUUGGGAAUAAAAAAGAUAUGAAAUAUAUCCAUCUAUCUAUUUAUUUGAUGUUGCAGUAUUUUUAUGGAGUUUUUACGAUACAGUCCCUCUCUGUAUCCCCUUUUGCCAUCCUAGCCCUGUGUACCCUCCCUGCUCCGGUCAAUGUUACCAUCGAUUCUCUCAACUUCCACCAUGUUCUCCGCUGGAUCCCUGGGCCAGGCACACCACCCGGGACCAUGUACAAGAUCUUACACAGAGAAAACAACAUGGCCCUACAGCUACAGCAUCAAACCAACAUGACAAAUCAGAUGCUGGAUCUGAAGUACCCCAAAGAAGAAUACAGAUUGUGUGUUCAGGCUUCCCACGAGCUCUUAGAGUCGCCAGUGACCGUGAUCACCUUCACCCCCUUCACACAGACUGUUAUUGGUCCUCCGACAUUGUCUUUGGAUGGAUGUGGCAAUUGUCUGGUAAUCAACAUCACACUGCCUGAGAUGGAAACCAUUCAAAAUGUCUACGGGAGCACCGUUUCCUUUCAGAUCGACUGGAAGAGAGCAGGAGAGACUCUGAUCAAAGAGACCCGUACAACUCAUUUAAGUUAUAUGCUGGAGAACUUGAAUGUGGGCACAGAGUACUGUGUGAGGGUGCAUACGAUGAUCACCACCAACCAAAAAACACAGCCUUCUGAGUGGAAGUGUGCACACACCAGUAUUGUGGAGGCUAACAGAGUCCCUGCUGUUGUAGCUGGGGUGUCGGUUCUCCUCAUUGUGAGUGGGGCAGGCCUGAUGGUUCUCAUGUUUGUCUUGUUCUACACUGGGUUCUUGUGCAAGUUGAAGACCCAUCUGCCUAGAUCACUGACUGCCCUGGUUGAGGGCUACCUAGUCACCCCAGAGAGAAUAUUUCCUGACCUGGUCUCCAUAUCCUCUGAGCCAGAGCAACAAGGGAAGGCCUCACAACAAAAGCAUACCACAACAGAGAGAACUCGAACCGAGCAGGGGAGGAAGAGGGAGGAGGAGGAUGAAGAGGAGGAGGGGGGAAACGGCAUGGUCUACAUGGACCGCGAUGCGGGGCUCUCCUUUGAUAGCAGCUCCAGCACCAUACAGUCCCAGGAAGCAUCAGGGGCUAAUGUUGCCCUUCUUAACGUAGCAGGGCAUUCUGGGGGGUUGAGUUUUGAGACAGCAGCUGAGGAGGAAGAGGAAGUUCCUGUGGGUGUGGUGGUGCUUGGAGGUCAGGGUCAGAGCGAGGUCAAAGGUGAACUAACGAAGGUCAUUUCCUGCCUAGACGGAGAUCAACCCAGACCUCUGGGACUUGUACGGUUGGGUGGAGAGGAGGAGAAAGAGAUGAGGGAGGUGGAGAAAGAGAUGAGGGAGGAGACCUCUGGUAACGUCAAUCUGUUCUCUGUGACUCUGGGGGCUUUAAAGAGGGAGGAGGAGGAGCAUGAGACAGAUGUUUUAUUAGGCUGUUCCAAACAGGAGCAGAAGCCUCUACUUCCCAUAGACUCCUUACAGAUGACAUUAGGACUGGACAGCAUGGGAUCACAGGGUGAGAUACAGGAAGAUACAGGUCUAGUACUGUCACGGGCUGACUGCACACACAAAUACUUUGAAUAUUCAGAUAGACAUGCUGUCAGCUGUACAAAGACAUACUCUGACUGCCUGGUAACGCACACUGGCACUGUGCAGUCUCACAAUGAGACAGAGGAGGAGGAAGAAGACUUCUCAGGCUAUAUGGGACAUUUGAUAUGGAUGAUUACCUGGUUACUACAGACACAUUCAGCUGUGUGUGAUCUGCCUGCUCCAGUCAAUGUGACUCUCUCCUCCAGACAUUUUGUCCACGAGCUGAGGUGGGACCCAGGCUCGGGCUCCCCCAGGAGCGUGUACUACCGUGUGAUGAUUUUCUCUAGCAGGGGUGGCCAGUUUUGGGAGGUGGUGGCUGGUUGUGAGCACGUGGAGUCCCCUCUGGUGUGUAACCUGACUAAAGCAUUCUCAAGCCGCAGUCAAACCUACUACAACAAGGUGUUCGCUGUGUCUGGGGACGAAGUCUCACCCCCGGGCAACCAAAGCGGCUUUAAACCCAUCGAUGGCACCCUCCUGGACCCGCCCGUGGUGAGUGUUAAGGCCUGCGGCAGCACUCUGUGUGUGAACCUGAAGCCUCCUGUGGACGGCUUGUGGGAUGUCUACGACAGUUUCCGCUACAGUUUAAGCAUCAGAAGCAGCAGGCAUGGAGCUAAGUACUCUGAGGAGAUGACGUCUCUGAAAGAAAAGAUUCUAAAUAACCUGGCUCCAGGCAGAGAGUACUGUGUCUCCGUCAGAAUAAGGGACAGCGAGGAGAGAAGUGACAAGAACUCUUCCUACAGCCAACCACACUGUGCCUUCACAGCUGCCAAGUACAACGCAGAUGCAGAGAUCUCAGUGGUUUUGUGUUUGCUUGUGUUGUCUGGGCUGUUAACUACUACCCUACUAUUCCGCACUGGAUUCAUCUGUCUGAGACGACACCUUCCAGAAGUACUGAGCUCAAUACAACACCACGAGGAGAGCCUAUACACAGUGCCCUGUGAUGAGAAACCAUGUCCCUCUGUGCUUCCAGUGCCACCAUCGCCCCCUUCAGGAAGCACUGGGAAGGACACAGAGAGUGAGGAAGAAAGCGAGACAGAGACAGAGCGAAGCAGUGGGGGAGGACAAGGAUACAAGACACGAGGGAUCACUGCUGGUCUGACCUCUCAUAACCCCCUCUCUUCCUCCUCUUCCUCUAGAGCAGAGGUGUUCCUACACCCCUAUCUAAGCACACGCUCUCUGGCAUCUCCCACUGACGGUCUCUCAAUGUCUCUAUCAAACAACCAUCCACCGUCUGGACCCUCACAAACCAGUCAGCUUACAGAGCCAGCUCAAUGUGCCUCACGGGGACAGGACUUGAGCUUCAGUCUUUCCUCAGAGAGGGACACAGGGGGAUUUCAUCCGGAGGAGGAGAGCUGCUUGGAUGUCAACCUGCUGUCUGUAACUCUAGGUAGACAUGAGGAGAUGAAGGAUCCAGAACCCCGCUCUCUGGGGGAGCCCCCUGAGCCCACCACUCCCUUCCUGCCCUCUGACACCAAGUGUUGGGCCACAGAGCCUGCCAUAACACAGACGCACACUGCUACCUCUGAGGAAGAGGAGGAGGAAGAUGAGGAGUAUUUUGGUUACAUGAGGCGAUGAGAGAAGUAAUUUGUUGCACAAUUAACCAUUCCAUUUGAUUAUUUUUUUGCCAGGAGGUUUUUGAUUUGUUAAUGAAAGCCACAUGGUGCCUACCUGUGGACAUUCAGUGUACUCUUCUGGCAUAAAUAUCAAGGUCCCAAGGUAGCCUAACGUGGCUUCCUUGUCCUUCCUUUAUUUUUGUUAUAACCUUUAUUUAACUAGGCAAGUCAGUUAAGAACAAAUUCUAAUUUACAAUGACGGUCUACUGGGGAACAGUGGGUUAACUGCCUUGUUCAGGGGAACAGUGGGUUAACUGCCUUGU